AUGCCGAGAGGCCUCUACGGCCUCGUCCGCAUCCUGUACGAGAGCUUGGGCGGGGCCCGCGACGGUUCUUCCGAGACCGGCUCGGCGAGGACCAAGCCAGGGACGUCGCCCGCGCCAGCGCUCGGCGUGGCUACCGCGCUCGAGAUUGAGGAGGGGGCGGCGUGCCGCUUCUGUUUCGAAGGCGGCACGGACUCGCCGCUCGUAGCUCCUUGCUCCUGCAGCGGCACGCUUCGGUGGGUGCACGAGGACUGCCUGCGGAAGUGGCAGAAGACGUCACCCUUCACCGCAUCCGCAUGCAACGUCUGCAUGACGACCUUCGCGCUUGCGCCGCCAAAGCCUCGGCAAGUGCGCGCGGGGAUGCUGCUGGUGGCGGAGCCGUCACUGCACGGCACAUUCUCCCAAGCCGUCAUCCUCCUCUGCGAGAUCACCCCCGACGGCGCACACGGCAUAGUGGUCAACUGUCCGAGCGAGGUGAUGCAGUCCACAAGCCUUGCGGUCGCCUACGAGGUGUCGCGCCUCCGCCAGAGCGGAGGGUCGGGGCCGGGCUCGCCAGCCAGCCCUCUGAUGAUCGAGUGGCGGCGCGGCGGGCCCGUGUGCGGGGGCCGGCUCGGCGUCGUGCGCUACACGCUGAUGCACACUCUCGGCUCGCGGUUCGGCUCGAUCGAAGUGCUGGGCGCGGAGGAGGUGGCGGCGGGGACGGGCGAAUCCGUGGUGGCUCGCUGGAGGGGUGCCGACGGCGCGGCCGAGACGGAGGUUGAGGAGGCAGGGACCGAGGCGGCGGUGGAGGCGGGGACGGAGGUGGAGGCGGGGACAGAGGCGGAGGCGGAGCCGGUGGAGGCGGCGGGGGAGCAGGAGGAGGCGGCGGCGCCGCAGCAUGACGGUGCGAGCCGGCUCCCCUCCGUCAGCGUGGUGGCGGAGUCUAGCUACGGGUUCCGCUCCCCCGCGGCCUUGGGCACAAACCACGCGGCGCGACUCAUCAACUCGCUCAGCGCGGUGGCGACCAUCGAGCACGCGGCUGCCCGCGCCGGCGCGGUGCCGCCGGUGGCGCUGCUCUUCGUGGGACACUGCCGGUGGGGGCGAGGGCAGCUGCAGGCGGAGCUCGCGCGAGGGAGCUGGCGCCUCUGCGAGGGGCGCGUGGCGGACGUGCUCGGCGACAACGUCCAGCUGUGGCAGGAGCUGCAGCGGAGCGGCAGGCUGCGGACCUGGGCGGAGUGGGCCUUCGAGGGGGCCGCGUGA